UCUAGUUGUGAUUGCUGGGGUUGUUCUGUAGUGUCAGGAGGUUCUCCGAGAUUGGGGCCGGGUCACUGCCUCAUCCGCUGGAGCGAUGGCGUUUCUCCGGAGCAUGUGGGGCGUGCUGAGUGCGCUGGGAAGGUCCGGAGCGGAGCUGUGCACCGGAUGUGGGAGUCGACUGCGCUCCCCCUUCAGUUUUGUGUAUUUACCGAAGUGUUUUUCAUCUGUCUUGGCAAGUUGUCCAAAGAAACGUGUAAGUUCUUACCUUCGAUUUUCUAAAGAACAACUACCCAUAUUUAGAGCUCAGAACCCAGAUGCAAAACCUACAGAACGAAUUAGAAGAAUUGCCAAGCUUUGGAGGGAACUUCCUGAUUCAAAGAAAAAAAUAUAUCAAGAUGCUUAUAGGGCGGACUGGCAGGUAUACAAAGAAAAGAUAAGCAGAUUUAAAGAACAGCUAACUCCAAGUCAGAUUACAUCUUUGGAAAAAGAAAUCAUGGACAAGCAUUUAAAAAGGAAAGCUAUGACAAAAAGAAAAGAGUUAACACUGCUUGGAAAACCAAAAAGACCUCGUUCAGCUUGUAACGUUUAUGUAGCUGAAAGAUUCCAAGAAGCUAAGGGUGAUUCACCGCAGGAAAAGCUGAAGACUGUAAAGGAAAACUGGAAAAAUCUGUCUGAUUCUGAAAAGGAAUUAUAUAUUCGGCUUGCUAAAGAGGAUGAAAUUCGUUAUCAUAAUGAAAUGAAGUCUUGGGAAGAGCAGAUGAUUGAAGUUGGACGAAAGGAUCUUCUACAUCGCACAAUAAAGCAAAGACAAAAAUAUGGUGCUGAGGAGUAUUACAAGUAGAUGAUUGAGAUGUGUUCACAAUGGAUAGGCACAGGAAACCAGUUAGGUCUCAAUACCUGAAGCUAUUGUAAAAUUAGAAAGGAUAAAGUUGGUAAACCUUU